AUGAAAGCUUCAUUUAUCAUUGAGGUACUACUUUUGUUCAUUAUUUCCAACACGAAAGGAAAAUUCCUCGGAGGAACCAUCAGCAGUUAUUUUUAUAACAAUGUCGCCAGAUUAACGUACAGACUGGUUUGGGAGAGAGGCACAGGGCCCUGCGGUCCGCCAUGUUCCCUAAAAGACAUUGGAAAACAAUUUAAUUCCUUGCCUCCUUCACUGUCAUCAUUAAAAUGGAGGUGCACUGCCGGAUGUUCUACCAACACAGAACUACAUGACGUCAGUUACACGUUAACAGCAUUCAGCAGCAGUAAUUUGUCUGGAUGGGAACAGGGAGAAACAUUCUUCUUUUACCCGGGGUGGAAAAUAAACAAUACCUAUGAAGUCUCAUUAAGCGGAUUGGACUGGCUGGCGCCCGCAUCCGGACUAGGUAAGAUGGUCGCUGGCUUUGACUUCGGUAUACGAAAUGAUACUGGAGUGCCUAAUGCCAGCCCGAUCUCCGCGGUGCCAUCAGAAUUAGGAAUUCAGUUUGGAUGCACAACAGUGAUCAACAUUCCCGCCGAGGACCCGGAUGCAGACUCUGUAAGAUGUCGGCUGGCCACUCCCACAGAAUGUGGAGAUGCUUGCACUAGCGCUCCCAAUAUCACACUGAACUGGGAGACUUGCUCUAUAGCUAUUCCUGCUACCACUCGGUAUGGUUACGAACCAAACAAAGACUACAGGAUUACGGUAAUGGUGGAGGACUACCCGGAUUAUACAAUAUCUGUAGGGAAUCAGGUCAGGUCCAUCAGACGACCCAUCAGCAAGAUCCCAACACAGUUUACGAUAACUACUAUAAACAGACAACAAUCAUGCAGUAACAUUGGUAUGAGAAUUGAUGGCGUUAUCCCAAACCCUAGAAAUUUGUUUCGGGUAUCGUACGCGGGUAAACCCGUGGAGUUUAAUGGGGCUUUCUACAUGCAAUCACCGAAUAUCAAUGACACGACGUUUAUAACCAGUUUCUUUGCUGGUGUAGUGUACACCGUGCUUCCGGACGACGAAAAUAGAACGAUAGGUGAUUUUCGUGAUGACGUCAGAAGAGUUCGUUACGUAUGGAAGUCAUAUGAUCCCCGACAGUAUGCCGAUACUUUACUUUGUGUAUGGGGACGUGGCACAGAGGGUAUAACCACAGACAGGUUUUGUUAUACAGCAGUAUUAAUAGACAGCGAUGAUUGCGGAGGAGUCACGUGCCUGAAUGGCGGGAAAUGCGUGGAUCUUUACAAACGAUGGACCUGCAAAUGUCCGCACGGAUACAAGCCCAAAGACUGCUCACACAAAGUAACAUGUGCAGACUUCCCUUGCAAGAACAACGGAACCUGUGUAGACACUGGAACUAUGUACACAUGUGCAUGUAUCUCAGGAUUCACUGGCCUCGAUUGUGAAAUAGAGUUGACUGUGACAGGUACGUAUAUCAAAGACUUCAAAGUGGUUCCCGCCGUGCUGGGUACUAUUGGUGGUGUGGCUCUAGCGUUCGUAACAACAGGUUGCUGUUGGUGGUGUCUGUUUGCAGCAAAAAGACCAGAUUCUAGGGAGAAGAAAAAGAGAGUGUCUCCAGGGAACCUUCAUAACGUCACACAAGAACAAGACUUAGUAAAAAAUGGAUGUUAA